AUGCAACCUCUCGGUCUGCUCCUGGCCGCCCUCUUCGGCACCACGGCCCUCGCCGUGCCCACCUCCGUGGACCACACGUACUCGGACCUGGCCCGGCGCGACCUGGACACCAACAAGUUCAUCGACGCCGUCCUCGACUGGUUCCCGGGCCAGAUGGCCGUGCAGGACGCCUGCACGCUCAUCGGGGCUGGCGAGACCUUCCUCGGCAAGGCCUUUGGCAUCGUGCCGACCGCCAACAGCAACGGCUGCGCCGACGUGACCAUCGUCUUCGCGCGCGGCACCUGCGACCCGGGCAACGUCGGAGUCCUGGCCGGCCCGUCCUUCUUCGGCGCCGUCGCCCAGUCCCUCGGCGGCCGCACCCUCAAUGUCCAGGGCGUGGCGUACCCGGCGAGCGUGUCGGGCUACCUCAACGCCGACAAGGCCGCCGGCCAGACCAUGGCCCAGAUCGUACGCGAUACCCGCAAGGCGUGUCCCAGCACCAAGAUUGUCAUCAGCGGCUACUCGCAGGGCGGCCUCGCGGUGCACAACGCGGCGGACGCGCUCGGCGGCGACAUGUCAAAUGUCAGUGCGGCCGUCAUCUUUGGCGAUCCAAUGUCGCACCAGCCCGUGUCCAACAUUGACCCGAGUAACACCCAUAUUGUCUGCCACAGCGGCGACAGCAUUUGCGACCAGGGCGCCAUCGUCUUGCCCACGCAUCUUACUUAUGCCAUUGACGCGGCUUCAAGCGCCGCCUGGCUCUUGCCGAAGAUUUCCUAA